AUUAAAUUAAACAGAGUUUCAUAGAUUCAUUCCUUUACAAACAAACACAACUCAGCUUCACACUCACUCCACAACACACACACUUUUUUUUUCUCUCUCGGAGAAUACGAUAAUGAUGAUUCCGUUCUAACGUUGUUGUUGUGUCUGUGUAUUUUUAACCUUUCAUCUUCUUCUUGUUUUUUUUUUUUGGUACUGAUAAUGAAGGGUGAAGAAGAGAUGAACAAAACAACCUCAGAAGCUCCGAACAAUGUUCCUGUUGUCGAUUUUGUUGCUGAAGAGCGUGAAAAUGGUGGUGAUGGUAAGAAAGAUGGUUCUUUUGCUGAAAAGGAGAAUACCCAGUUGGAAAAAGGGGAAGAUGAGGGAACCCAAUUGGAAGAUUCUGUUGCUGAAGAAGAACAAGAACAAGAUGAAUCAGAUGGUCAACAACAACAAGAAGAAGGAAAUGAGGUUAUACUUGUUGGAGUUAAAGGUGGUCCUUCUCUUGGUGAUGGUUACUUUGAAGUUGAAGCUAUUCGUCGUAAGAGAAUCCGCAAGGGUAAAGUGGAGUACUUUGUAAAAUGGUUGGGAUGGGAUGAGUCAGAAAACACUUGGGAGCCUCCAGGAAAUUUAGUUGGUGUUCCUGAUGUUGUUGAUGCUUUUGAGGAGAGCUUCAAAUCAUCCAAGAGUAGGAAGCGCAAACGCAAGCAUGUGGUUCAGCAUGCUCAACUCAAGAGGAGGGUGGAACGUUCUGCCACUCCUUACAGCCUUAGAUGCUUAAAAACUGGCAAACCUACCAAUCAUUUAAAGCCUGCCCCUGUCAGUGAACCUAGUAAUCCUGUUAUUCCCAAUACUCCCGCGUUUCCUCGGACAGUGCUGUUUGCUGAUGAAGUAGAAAAUAAUGACGAUGGAAGCUAUCUUGGAAAAGCAAAUCAUGCUAAUGAUAAUUGGCUCGUGGUUGCUCCUCAAGAGUUUAAUGAAAAUAAUGAGUAUGAUCCUAAGCUUAGUGAACUUAAAGUUACGGCAUUGAAUGGAAAUGAUGCAGACAACCUUGCAAUACAGUUUCAAGAAGCUAUGGUUUCUCCAGAAAAGGAUAGUCAAAUGAAUGAUCAACCAAAUGUGGCUGGCACAGAACCGGUUGAAAUUGGCCCCGGCAAGCCAGUAGGAAAACGGAGAAAAUCUAUUCUGACGAAGAGGUUCAGGACACAUUCAGGACACAUACCAAAUGUUGAUGCAUCUGCGCCUGCACAAACAGAGGUUACUGAUGAUGCAGAUCGGGCUACCUAUAAUGCGGCUCUUGUUUAUAAUGCAAUACCGGAUCCUGUUAAACCUGCCCGCGAAAUUGUGAAGAUUAUAAGGCCAAUAGGCUUUUCACCUGCAGUAGCCAACGCCUUGGAGCAGCGAGAUGUUUUGGUGAGCUUCAUAGCUAUGAGGUCUGAUGGAUCAGAAGUUAUAGUCGAUAAUCGAUUUCUCAAGGCAAAAUAUCCGACUGUGUUGAUUAAUUUCUAUGAGAAGCAUCUGCGCUACAGUCCGAGAUCAUCGUGAUGGAACAGAUUAUAGGAGAGGGCUUCUUCAUGUGUGUAGCUAGAUUUUGAUGUAUUCCUUAGCUAUGUUGUUGUAGAUGCUGGAGAUAGUAAAGGGUAAUUAAGGAAAGAUUUGUUUGUUAGUGAUAUAUAGGUAUGAUGACUAUUUAAACAUUCUAGUGGUUUGUGGCUACAUUUUGUGAUGCAUGCUGAUGAAUUGGAGACAGCACAAAGAACUUGAUAUUUUCAGUUGGAGGCGAUCUUUUAUUUCUUUCGGUAGAAUUGGUCAAGAACAAAACCCUCUUUUGGUUUAAUUUCAACAUUUAUGGAACUUCUUAUUUAUUUGUGAACAAUUUGUAUUUGCA